CUCGGGGUACAUCCAAUCGGCGCAUGCGUCUCACGAUCGAGCGUAGCUGGGCAAAGAUGGCGGCGGGCUCCGAUUUGCUGGAUGAUGUUUUCUUCAACACAGAGGUGGACGAAAAAGUAGUUAGUGAUAUAGUCGGAUCUCUGGAGUCUGAGCUAUCGGGAGCAAGUCGCGUCAACGCAACAGCCAGGGUCCAGUCUGUGGCUAAUUACGUCGGUAACUCAAGUGUAGGUAGUAAUUCCAAUGUUCAGGGCAGCAAAAUGGGACUUUCACAACAAGAGCUUGCUAAAGCAGGGACAGGAGUGCAAGGAGGUGUCAGUAACAGUACGGGGUCCCACGGUUCAAGCAUGGAUGGAGCAACCGGGGCAACAUCGGCGGCGGGACCGAGCAUGACAGCCGCUCAGACUCAGUCCAAGCCGGGGGCAGCUAGCGGAGUCGUUACGGUAGUAUCAGCUGCAACAUCUGGCGUUGGAAAGCCUGGAAGCACUUGUGUUCAAACUUUGAAUGGAAGUACUGUGGUCAUGAACUGUCACAUCGCCGGAGGCACAUCUGCUGACAGCAGUGGCAACAAUUCACAGCCCGCUGUCACAGUCGUCAACAACGGACCUGUCUCUGUGAGCAAAGGAAGCGCAGCUGUCCCGUCCGCAGCGCCCAGCACUAUUAUACGAACUUCUUCGACGAGUGCGCACAACACUGUGAUUUCGUCUCAGUCCGCCGUGAAAAGUGUACCCACGGUCACGCUGGUGAGGCCACCUAUGCAAACUCCCACUCUCACCUCACAAAGCGGCGGCAACCCGACCACAGUUUUAACAUCAGCAGCCGUCAGCGUUAGCAGUGCGAGCGGCGCUCUUGUCAACAAAUUCGACUCCACAAAAACUAUUAUUCAGACUGGUGGACACGUCGUGGCUUCAGGUGUCGCUACGGGGACAACGGCGACCAUGAGGAGCCCUACUGUUUUGCACAACUUGAGGACUUCGGUACCGUCAACGAUCGCUGCCACACCUCCUGGCGGAAUACGAGCCAUUGCUCCACAGGUGUUGGCCCCUCGACUCACUCAGCCUCAACAAAAUGCUCCAAAUAUCCAAAACAUUCAGCUCCCUCCAGGCAUGGUCUUGGUUCGCAGUGAUAGUGGGCAGCUGCUGAUGAUCCACCAGCAGACUUUGGCUCAGAUGCAGGCUCAGUCGCAGUCCCAGAGCGCCAUGACACCACGACCUGCAGCCCCCACCAGCACUCCACCUGUCCAGAUCACCUCUCUACAGGCUCCAGGCGCACCACUGCUGGCUCGUCCGGUUACCCCCACCACCAUUAUUAAACAAGGUUCCACAGUCCAAACCACUGUGACGGCCACCACCACGCUGCAGAGGCCUCCUGUACUGCAGAACACCAUCAUGCUGGGAGGAACUGCCACCACCCCGGGACAGCCGCUAGGAACACCCACCACAGUGCAGCCUGGAUCUGCAGCCACAGCAGUUACGCAGAGGGUAGGGCCCCUUGGGGCCGCUGGGACCGCUGUCACUCCAACAGCUAUCACAGCUGAGACACUGGAGAAUGUGAAAAAGUGUAGAAACUUUCUCUCCACAUUGAUCAAGCUGGCAUCAAGUGGAAAACAGUCUUCUGAGACGACCGCCAACGUCAAAGAGCUGGUCAAAAACCUGCUGGAAGGGAAGAUAGAGCCUGAAGAUUUCACCAGUAGGUUAUACCGGGAGCUCAACUCCUCACCACAGCCGUACCUUGUGCCUUUCCUGAAGAGAAGUCUCCCAGCGCUGCGUCAGAUGACCCCAGACUCAGAGGCCUUCAUCCAGCAGAGCCUGCUGCCUCAGACCAACACUCCAACAGCAGCCGCAGCCGCCUCCACAGCCCUCACCGCUGUGGUGCUGCGACCUCCUCUCUCUACCGCCGCCACCACAGCCACCAGCACUGCCGCGACCAAAACCACAGUUAUCAGCCUCACUCAGGCACCCCACAGUAAACCUGGACUGAUAGUGCCCCAGCAACAGGGGACAAUGGUGAGGCCCCAGGUGACGGUGGCCCAGUCUCCCAUGGUAACACUCAGAGGGCAAUCUCAUAGCCGCAUCAUUGUGGGCCAGCCGCAGAUGGUCAAACAGUUACAGACAGCAAUGAAGCAGACGUUGGCUCCGGUGGCCAGAGGAGUACAAGUAGUCAGUCAGGCCCCUCUCACUGCUGCUCAGAGGAACAAGCUGAAGGAAGCAGGAGGAGGAACCUUCAGGGACGAUGAUGAUAUCAACGAUGUGGCCUCCAUGGCAGGAGUCAACUUGUCAGAGGAGAGUGCCCGUAUCUUAGCAACCAACUCUGAGCUUGUUGGCACGGUGACUCGUUCCUGUAAGGAUGAGACCUUCCUCUCCACCUCUUCACUCACCCGGAGAGCUCUGGAGAUUGGUAAGAAGUUUGGUGUCAGCGAGUUGGGCACAGAUGUGAUCAACUAUAUUUCCCACGCUACACAGCAGCGACUACAAAACCUGCUGGAAAAGGUGUCACAAGUGGCACAGCAGAAGAACAUCACCUUCAAGGAGGAUGAGCGGUAUGAGCAGGUUGGUGAUGUGCGGGCCCAGCUUAAAUUCUUCGAGCAGUUGGAUCAGAUGGAGAAGCAAAGGAAGGAAGAGCAGGAGAGAGAGAUUCUCUUGAAGGCUGCCAAGUCUCGGUCACGGCAAGAGGACCCUGAGCAGCUCAGACUUAAACAGAAGGCCAAAGAGAUGCAGCAGCAGGAGCUGGCUCAGAUCAGACAGAGAGAAGCCAACCUAACAGCGCUGGCAGCAAUCGGCCCGAGAAAAAAACGGAAAAUUGACUCUCCUGUUAGGGGUGCCAGUGCAGAGGGCUCAGGAUCAGGCCCCUCCCAGCCUGGAGGCUCCGGUGGAGCAGGCUCCAGACAGUUUAUGCGACAGCGCAUCACCAGAGUCAACCUCAGGGACCUGCUCUUCUGCCUGGAGAAUGAAAGAGGGACCAGUCACUCACAACUGCUCUAUAAAGGCUUCCUCAAAUAGCACCCGCAUUAAAAUGACUAGUGUCGCUCAGUGGCAUUAAGGAAGCAGAGUUGACCGUCAGCUCAGACCCUUUCUGCCGGUACUUUCUUUGAUCACCCACUGCUGAAUGACGAGACGUCUGACUGUGGGAAGAGAAUUAUCUGGAACACUGAAAAGACGUCAGCUUUUAAAAGUCUCUUAAAAGCACAGGCCUUUUUGUAUUUUCAGCAAAGAGGUGGAGCAGAUAUUGGAACUCGGCCCUGAUUUCAGCGUGCCUCUCAGCUCGGUUUGCUCUGUAGAGACCAGUGGCACCCAACCACACUUUACUCAUGCACUGCCUCAUGCUGCAUUCAAGAAAAAUGACUUUAACUGAACUGAACACUUGUCAGGGUCGUUUCACUGGCAUCUGUCUUGUAGCAGCAAAUCUCUGUGAAGUGGUUCUAUUUUAGAUUAAUGUACGACAGUUCAGGUGCACCAGCCUGAUUUUACAAAACUGCAGUAUUGUUCUUUUUUUUUACCAUGUUAACAUACACUCUGUUUAUUUAAGUUCUUAACAGAGAUUUAAAUUUAUCACACAUUUAUACUAUAUUUUAGCAGUUUUAAUGUCCGUGGACUGUUUUACAGACUAAUCUUGACUAGUCUUGUCAUCUGCUGAGUUGCCUUCUUACCAGAUUAAGCCAUAUGGAUUAGAAUGUGUUGAUCAGCUUUAGUAACUUCAUCUAUCCAACAGUUCACUCCAGAUUUGUAGAAUAUGUGCUGUAUUGUUUUUGUUGUGCGCUUUCUUUGUUUGUCUCUGCUUGAUUGGAAACAAAAGAUGAUUAUAUGUCAUGUGUUGGUAUCUGAACUCUCACCACUAUAGUGUUUCUACUGGGAGAGUUGAGUGGUUGAAAGUGAAAUUCCACUUUUUAUUCAGAUUCUAGCACAUUUUAUAUACAGACUACAUAAACUUUACAUUCUUUUCAAUCAUUUCUCAAGCUAUACUAUACUUGCUAUUUUACCAUCUCCCAAGCAGUCAGCAGUUUUCAUUAAUUUCUUCAGUAACAAUAUAAAAUUCGACUUACUGAACUGGACCUUCUAUCACAGGGAACAUCCUGACACUUCAUUGUUGCACACAAUGAUUUAACAAGUCUGCAGAUUUUCUGAAGUUCCAAGCAUAAUGAAACAUUUAUAUUAUAAAAAUAAUAAUGUGGAUUUGGCUCUGUGUUUCUUGAAUAUUGUUACCAAGAAGCAGCACUUUCAAGCAAUUUCCCCGCCUUUCAGAAAUGUCACCCAGAGAGCUACAGACCUUUCAAAUAAGCAAUGUUGAGGUACUUUUUGGCUAAAAUAACUUUUUAGCAGGAUGUUUGUUGUGAUGGAUUGCCCUCUCAAGCACAUUUUAGUCCUGGCUGCCUGACGUUACUAAAUCGAAACUAGUAUGGUACAAUUUGGAAAAAGAAGUGGUUGUUAAUAAUGUAAAGUGUCCAGGGUCUGUAGCCCUUGUGCUAUAAUGUGCAUUUUAAAAAAUGGAGUUCGGAGAGCUGAAUCGCAAUCGCAACAAUGUUAUCGAUUGCAGUCAUUUAAGUGAAUCAAACUUUUUUCCAAUAGGUUGUAUGUCCACAUUUUAUAUUUAUCAAUGAUGGAGGUCAUGUUGAGUUAACAUGAGCAUGAAAUGCAGAGCGAGGACGGCACUUUGACAGAUCAGUUUUCUAAAACUAGUCGAUCAGAUGAACAUACCCACUUUAUAACUUUUUAUAUUUUUAGUGCACAUACUAAUUUUGAUCUUUAUACCUUUUGUCAUUUUAUGAAAGAAUGUUUAUUGGCAAAUUUUAUUACUGUACAUACUUAGGUUUGCUAUUUGUAGAUUUAUCAGUUGACAACUUCUAAUUGGGCAAGUUUGUCUUAUUAUUCAUAUA